AUGAAGAGCAUUGAAGUGAAGGUCCUUCUGAGCAGCAUUCACAAGUUGGUCUUCAAAGUUUGGGUUCGAGUGCUCUUGUCCAAAGAAUCGGAGAAAAACUUUAUGCUGGAAUCAUAUCAUUUUGAGCUUGUGCGCCAAAUUUUAGACAUUCCAAAACUGUUCAGCCUUGUUCAGCUUUACGGUUACGGUUCAAACUCUGAAGUGCUGCGUGUUCUUCUCACGCCGUUUAUUUCGCUCGAAAACGCGUCAUUCACUGAGGAGUUCACACAGACUUGCAGUGACAUUGCUGAUCUAUUCAAAAACUAUCUCGAAAGUGGUUUUAACCUGGAGUUCCUGUCUUCACUGUACAACUUUGUGACCAACGUAACCGACAUAAUGUUUACGCUCAACAAGUUGGUUCUGCUUAACGCCAAUCUCUCGGCAGUUUAUCUUGAAAGUGGUCUCGCCGCAGAACUGAUUGCAUUCUACUCAAACUACUUUUCGUUUAUUGAGAGCAAAAUUUCCGACAUGUACAAAAGCGGGCAAAUUGUGGAAAAUCUAUUCAAGUUUCUUCAUGCUCAACUGUCCCUCACCCAAUCCUCGUCUUUGCUUUUAUUUCACCGUAUUCUUCAGAAUGAUCUUGUUCAACGAAUCAACAAAGAAAACAGCGGAAAAAUUUUUGACGUUUUGGGCGACACGCUAAACGUUGUGAUGUCUAAUAAGCGAUUUUGUUUUGACUUCUUCACCAAGUUUUCUUUUGAGAGCGAGUUUAAGCCAUUGCUUGAGAACCAUGAGCUGAAUAAGCAACUUUCAAUGGACGUCAUUCUUGAGUACUACCAAAGCAACCUGAAAAGUAUCAUUGGAGAGCACCUGGCCCAGACAACCAACAACAAGAAGAACGACGACUUUUCAAAGUUGAUAAGUCUGAGUUACCAGUCGGCGGAGGAGUCGCCAUCGGAGCAGCAACAGAAACUGCAGCAGUCACCUGCAGAGCCAGCGCUUCCAUCCGUGGUCGUCUCUCCACCGGUGAACACCAUUCGCAUGGAUAAGGAGAUCACCGCCAAGGAGCAGACGAUCAAGGAGAUGUUCCCCGACUUUUGUGAUGGCUUCAUCUACAAGUGCCUCGAACACUACGAUUUCGACAAUGAGAAAGUCCUCGACGCCAUACUGGAAAACAACCUGCCGCCUCACUUGGAGUCACUUAGUCGAGAGCUGACUAAGAAUGACCUGCUACGUGCUCAAGAGCUUGCCCUGCAAAGAGAGGCGGAGGCUCAAAUAAGCCAGCCAGCUAAAAUUGCUCAGUACGACCCGACUUCAAAGAAGGAUCUGGUGCCGACGAAGAUAUUCAUCGGCAAGAAAGACAAGUACAGCGAGGAGAUGGCGCACAAGGAGGCCAACAAGGACGUGACGAUGAAGCUGAUGCAGAAGAUUGGCGAAGAGGAGGAGGCGGCCAAAGAGAAUGUGAAGAGGCUGAUGGAGCGUGGCAAGCUGACCAAGUCUGACCUGCAGACAAAUGAUGAGUACCUGGGACUGUACGAUGAUGAGUUUGAUGACACCUACGAGAACGAAGACGUCUCCUUUGACGCCAAUGAUGAGACCUUUGAGGACGAUGAGGAGGAGGACGGGGAAGAAGGAGGGGGCGAUGGGAAUCAGCAGCAACAGAACGGCACCGCUCCUGGGGUCGGUCAGCAGCGACAGUCUUCAGACAAGUUUGCCGCCAGUCAGCGAUACAAUAGAAAGCAGUUCUUCAACAAGCGUAAUUUCAAGCGAACCAAUGAACCACCACCUACUCAGCAGCAGCAACCGCAACAGCAUCAAAAUCAGCAACAUCAAAGUCAGCAGCAUCAGAACCAGCAACGACAUUCACAACGGCCACAAGGGCCUCCUUCCCGGCAGCAUCCGUCCCAACAGCAGUCGACCAAUUCGCAGCAGCAUCAACACCAUCAUAAUCAGCAGCAGCAGCAGUCGAAUCAUCAUCCAAAUCAUCACGGUGGUGGUCAGCAGCCACCCCGUCGAAGCCAUCCAACACGCGGGGGACACUCAAACCAGGUCAACUCUCAUUCUACAGCUGUACCCAACCAGCAGCAGUCACAGGCAAAACCUGAACCCAAGCCUGGCCCACGAUCACAUCCUUUGCCGAAAAGUGAGGGAGACAACAGCGGCAGCGGAAAUACCAGUGGAGGUAAUCGUGGUGGCAAUAGUGGCGGCAAUCGAAACCGACCACGAAUGCAAGGCCACAUUCGCAGCUAUCACGGCUUCAGCGGUGGAGGCGGUGGUGGCGGCGGUGGAAGGUGA